ACAGACACCAUCACCACAUCGCAGGGAGAGAGCUAGACCAAUAGGCAGCAUCAGGGAAAGGAGUCAGCCCUGCAAAGAGGACAGAGACAUUUCUAAAAACAUCGCAGGCAGAUAUAGAUAAACAUGGAUGCACGGGGGAAAAUUCCCUUUAAAACGACACUGGAGAGGAUGCGGUGGUGGUCAUGCACAUAGUCGGACCAUUCCCUCCGUUUUAAUGAGGCGGGUGGGGACGCACACGGAGCUGAAAAGGUGGAAAGAUUUCUCCAACCCGUCUGCAAAGUCUGCCUGCCUGCGAUGGCUGUGACGGUGCGAUGCUGGUACAGUGUAAAGGAGAAUGUGCCUUUUUCCUUAUAUUUGGCUAUUUUCGUACUCAGUGGCCUUACAAAUGCACAGAUUCGAUACUCCAUUCCAGAGGAGCUGGAGAGCGGGGCAUUGGUCGGUGACAUUGUCCGAGAUUUGGGUCUGGACCCAAGAAAACUUUCCACCAGACGCUUAAGAAUAUCAUCGGAAAGUGGGCGAAGAUUUUUCACCAUAAAUCACAAAACUGGGAAGCUGGUGGUGAGUGACCGUAUUGACCGAGAGUCAGUUUGCGAAUUUAGUGGCACCUGUUCACGUAACCUGGAGGUAGUGUUAGAAAAUCCGCUUGAAGUACACAAAGUGGAAGUGGAGAUCGUGGAUGUUAAUGAUAACGCGCCGCAAUUUCCAAGCGAUGAGUAUCAGUUGGAGGUGUCAGAGUCUGCUAUCACGGGGUCACGUUUCCACAUAGAAGGAGCUCAGGAUGCAGAUGACGGGUCCAACUCUAUCAAACAGUACCGCCUCAGCCCCAAUGACCAUCUCACUCUGGACUCCAUUAAGCCGUUUUCCAAUAAUAAGCAGAUAGAGUUGAUUCUCAAAAAGCCCUUCGACCGUGAGCAGAUGCCUUCUCAUCAGUUAAUCCUGACAGCAAUGGAUGGAGGCACCCCACAGCGAACUGGCACGGCCAAAAUCAAUGUACGUAUCCUUGAUGCCAAUGACAACGCGCCUGUGUUUGACAGCACUACAUACAAAGUUAAACUGUCUGAAAACUCUCCAAAAGGCGCACUUGUAAUCAAGUUGAAUGCAACGGACCCUGAUGAAGGCUUAAAUGGGGAUGUUUUUUACUCUUUCAGCAGUUACACCCCUGAGAGAGUCAGACAGAUGUUUUCCUUAGAUACUGACACUGGGGAAAUAAGGGUGAAAAAUAAUAUAGACUAUGAGGAAACCAACUCAUAUGAGAUGUACAUACAGGCAAUGGACAAGGGGCCAGCUCCUGUUGCAGCACACUGCAAAGUAGUUGUGGAAGUUCUGGAUGUCAAUGACAACAUUCCUGACAUUGUGCUGUCUUCACUCUCCAGUCCUGUGCGUGAAGAUGCUCGGGCUGACACAGUUGUAGCUUUGAUCAGUGUAAAUGACCGUGACUCUGGACUAAACAAACAAGUAAACUUGGAAAUCAUGCCUAAUUUGCCUUUUAGGAUCAAGUCUUUUCGCAACCACUAUACCAUUGUCACAGCUGCUUUCCUGGACAGGGAAAUCAUUUCAUCUUACAAUGUCACUGUCAGUGCCAUAGAUGGAGGCACCCCACCCCUGUCAUCUCAAAUGACUUUCAGAGUAGAUGUUGCAGAUGUAAAUGAUAACCCACCCCGAUUUGAGCAGACUUCUUAUACUGUUUAUAUUACAGAGAACAAUGCUCCAGGUGCAUCUCUGUGUGUUGUUAAGGCCACAGAUGCUGAUGCUGGAGAAAAUGCACGCAUAACCUAUACUGUCCUCAAUGACAACAACCAUGGGAUCCCUAUAGCCAGCUAUGUCAGCGUCAAACCUAAUACAGGUGAGGCAUACACCUUGCGAGCCUUUGACUUUGAGAAGCUGAGGGAGUUUCAUUUUCAAAUUAAAGCCCAGGACAAUGGCGUGCCUCCCCUACAUCGUGUGGCCACAGUGUAUGUUUACAUCAUGGAUCAGAAUGACCAUGUGCCUAGAAUAGUCUACCCACCAGCUAAUGGAAGCCACACCACAGAGAUGCUGAUGAAAAAUGCUGAAGCAGGAGUACUGGUCACCAAGGUGACGGCAUGGGAUGGUGACGCAGGACAAAAUGCGUGGCUGCUCUACACCCUGGAGCAGACACACACAGAACUCGACCUGUUCAAAGUGCAUGAAUAUACAGGUGAGAUCCGAACCACGAGGCGUGUCGUAGAAGACAACUCCACCUCCUUUAUUCUGACAGUGCUAGUGCGUGAUAAUGGACUACCACCACUCUCUUCAACUGCCACCAUCCAUGUGCAUGUGAUGGAGCUACCACCGAAGCUGACCCCUGACCCUAAGCGCAUCAUCAGACCUAACAGCCCCCUUAUGCUUUCCAACAUCACCAUCUACCUCAUCAUUGCCCUGAGUGCCACAACCUUUGUAUUCCUGGUUACCGUCUUUGUUCUGGCAAUUGUACGUUGUCAUGCCUACUGUACCCAGCCUGGCUCCUGCUCCCCAUGCUGUGUAUCUAAAAAGAAUUUUCCAGAAGGAGGCACCUCAGCGACUGGGGGUGGAGGAAGAACUGCAGGUGGAGGAGGUGGAGGUGCAGGUGCAGGUGGAGGUGCAGGUGCCGGUGGGGGCCAACAAGCCAACAAUGUGGCCCUGCGCCGUGACCUCAAAGUGGAACCACAUUAUAUUGAAGUGCGGGGUAAUGGGUCUUUGACUAAAACAUACUGUUACAAGACAUGCUUGACUGCCACGUCAGGAAGUGACACUUUUAUGUUCUACAACACUGGACGGCCACACAGUGGCACCUGGGGCUCGGGCUACGUCACCAGCCACAGUGGACAAAGCCAGAUAUUUGUACGGCGUCUCAGUAUGCCAGAUGCAACAGCCAUUCAGCCCAAAGCACCUAAUGCAGACUGGAGAUACUCAGCCUCCCUGAGAGCAGGAGGGGUAAUGCAGAGCUCAGUGCACAUGGAGGAGUCCUCAGUAAUGCAGGGAGCCCAGGGGGUCCUCGUUCAGAACUGGCCCACUGCAUCCAGUGCCGCCGAUGCUGAAGGGGGAGAGGUGUCCCCCCCAAUGGGUGCUGGUGUAGAUAGCAACAGUUGGCACUUUCGCUAUGGCCCCGGAGGUCCUGGUGCACCCCCACAACACCUAAAGCCUGGCGAGGUUCCCCCAGAAGCAUUCAUCAUCCCAGGCUCCCCCGCCAUAAUAUCCAUCAGACAGAACCAGGGAGGUGACGAUGACAAGAGUGAUUUCAUCACCUUCGGUAAGAAGGAGGAGGCCAAGAAGAAGAAAAAGAAGAAGAAGGAGAAGAAAGACAAGAAGGAUAAGGGAAAGGAUGAUGGAGAUGAGUAGAGGAGCAGAAAGAGAAAACAGGAAUGAAGAAAAGGGUGUUGUUAAAACAGAGGUACCAACCAAAGUCCUUUGGGCAAAAAGAAUAUGUGAAAACUCAUAGAGGUUUGCAGUUUCAUUCACUGAUAAUAUUUUAAAGCUUUUCUUUUGAGAACCUGGCCUUAUCGAGAUUUGCUUUACCUCUAAUCUCUGAGGUAAAUUAUUGAUUUUUGCCUUGAUAAACAAUAAAAUUAUUAACUUUCCCCCAUGCCCUUUUGUGCCUAUACACCAGUCAACCCAAAUAAUCCUUUCAAUUAAGGACUCGUCUUUGCCCUGAUCUAGAUUUGUCUCUCCUUUAACCCACUGGGCAUGUUGGCACCUCUGUCUUACCCCCUCCCCAAAACCAUUCUCUCUGAGAGAAGACAAAUACUUUGUACAAGAACCACAUAAAGUUCUGUGCCAGCCAAGGAAAAGAAGAAAGACAAAGAAGAUUGAGACAGAUGUAUGAUAUCUGGAGCUGGACACACACUACUUGUAAAUAGCACAGGAGAGAGUCACUGAAACUUAGGCUUACAUGACACUGCUGCAGAUUCCUCUUGUAAUUACCAACAGUGUUUCCUGAAAUCUCAAUGAAAACACAUGCACACACACGCAUGCUCGCCAACACAAACAUCCAAACACAGAUACAUAUAUUUACUAUUAUGUAAUGGACAUGGAAAGCACUUGACAACUGGAGAUACGGAGAAAUAAAAUGGAGAGAAUUCAACUGACAUCAAAGAAAUGUGCUUGAAACUAGACACUGCAAGCUUUUUGCCCUGCACAGUCACCUCUGCAGUGCACAUGUACAUCAACUCUCUCAGGAUGGAAGCAGCAUCCUUUGCGAUCACUCUGUAUUUGCUUAUUGCAUUUGAAAGGACACAGAGAGCUGCAUUUCCAGCCAGAACGCCAAAUGAGUAAUGAAGAGAGCACCAGAGAGGUGGAAAGAUGGGAGGAUACUACGCAUUCUCCCCAAGAUCUGCGGGAGAAUCCAGUGAAGCUGGCUUGUGACUCCGCUUUAAGUCAGAGGACUCUCAUGAUACUUUGCAGAGUAAUAGGAGUCUAGAAUUUUUGAUAACACCACCUCCUCUCCCCCUGCUGCAGCAAAGCCUAAUGCUUUCUGCUUUGAAUGUUUGGUAGCAACCAGUCCUUACCUGAUACCUUGAGUUUACAACUGCUCACCUGCUUGUACUUGCCCUAAGCUGCCACGAGCCAUCCUCUCCUCCAUCAACUGCCUUUUUUCCCCCCACACAUCAACUAUCUCACUUCCACUGACUGCCUCCUCUUGUGAUGAUGAAGUCUGUGAACUUGUUCUGUUUUCAUUUAUUCUCUCAACAAAUUUGCAAUUACAUACUUCAGCAUUCUUUUAUUUUCUUCCUCAUCUCAGCUUUAACUGCUUCUUGCGUGUCAUUCCCAACCCAUUUUUGCUUUGUCACUCCUUUUAAGCCCCCCUCUGACCCCUUGCUCAGGACUGACCCUGAGAACAGCCUGCUCUGAACAUUGUGGUGUGCUGACAACAGCAUGGAGUAAUGUAUAUGAGGCCAAGGGAAGCCCAGUUGGGGGACAAUGCCCUGAACUCUUGUCAGAUGUCUCUCUUAAGUGCAAAACGGUUCAGUGCUUUUAACUUGUGAAUACUACACUAUGCUGUUUAUUUCCUGUUUGUAGACACUGAUGAGAGAGGACCAGGUGGGAUGAGGCAGAUUACGCGGGUGGAGAAUUCUAAUAAAGUAAAGAGACAGGUGCAGUGGGCUGGCCCUCCCCCUCCAUUUCUAAGUUGUUCUCCAAAUUGAUUGUUUAGGAUUGUUGAAUCACAUAUUAGCUUGUAUGUACGCUGUAAAUUUAGCGUAGACAUUUAUAGAUUGUCUCUACACAAGUAAUUAUCUGCUGGAAAUAUCAGCAUCAAGGGAUUCCAAUCCCAUAGCUAUAUCCCACCAAUCCUCUCUCAAGAGGUUUUGAAAAAGGAGCAAAAACAUCUCAGACUGCUCCUGUCGGAUCCCUUCCCUGCCUGUUUCUUGUUGCCACGUCCCCAAGGUUUUGCGGCUCAGUAUGAUGUCACUCCAUUAAGUGGCUGCUGCAUGUACUGCUCUAAGGAAACACAUACUAUAUAGAGAAAUAUAUAUAUAAAUAGAUAGAUGGCUAUGAUUUUAUUCUUUUGUAUUAUCAUUUUUCUUCAUUACUCACACAGGAGAUAUUUGUAUGUACUUCUGUCAAUGCCAAACAUCUGUGUAAUACAGUCUUCACGAAUCACAGAUGGCUUAUGGCAACCACUAAUCAUCUUUAGAUAUUUGUAAAUGCUAUAGUGUGAUACCUUUCAGCGCAAGUUUGUUUAUUUUUCUUUUUCCAACCAUGAUUUCUGUUUUUGAGAACAAGCAAAGCAAGAAAAAAAAAAGUUCUAAAAAAAAAAAACCUCUCUAUGUCCAGCUUUGACAUGACGAUCUAACUAACACUGUAAUAUUGUAACUGAAAUAUGUAUGAUCCUAUGAUGAGCUAUCACUUCCCUUUCACUCCUUAAAUGACAAAAAAAAAAAAAAAAAAAAAUCAGAAAAAAAUCUGGUGU